UACAGGGUUGAUAAGUCCGGCGGGUGUGGAUGGCUCAAGGAUGCCAGGUCAUUAUAUUAUUGCCAUCGGCAUUUAGUUCUCUCUGGUUCUCAUCUGUGCCCUAGACCAGAUGUCUGUCCUUUCGUUCAUGAUCUAGGUUGGAAAGGGAAUGAGUGGUCGUCAGGAUACAUACAACCGGCGCAAGGCGCGGGGGAUUGUCAAACUUUCAUAUUCGACGUCCUGUGCUGAAGGGUUCUCGGUGGUGUGUUUUGUCUUCUGUCCUUUGAUUCGUUUACAUGUGCUAAUUAUGAGUUCCGAUUUCUGUUGUCUUCUCUUCUUUUCCGUGUGUUUUUACUACCUUUGCUUGCUCUGUUCCUCUAGUUUUCUUUUCCUUUGUUGGAACGGUUUGGUAUGCUGGAUAUUAUAGCACAUAUCAUGUCGAUAGUACCAGGAACAUAUCAAAACCUCAUAAUAUAUGGAAUGUAAAAUCAACAGAGCCUUUGCGGCGUAGUGUAUCA